UUUGGCUAAUCUCUAUCUUAGUGUCCUUCUUAUUAGAAUUACUAACCAUGAGAAAGAUUAAGAAGCGCGAAGCAAACAUGAGUUAUUCUCAAAAAGCGGCGUUAGUUGCUUUUAUGACAGAUCACGCUGAAUUUCUACAAGGUAAAGUAGCAGGAAUAGAUAGAAAGGAAGAACGAAAUAGAUUAUGGGAAGAAUUAACUGUUUUAUUGAAUAACAUUGAAGGUGCAGUUAAAGAUUCUACAAAAUGGCAGAAGGUUUGGAUGAAUCUAAAAAAUAAAACAAGAAGGAAAUCUCUAGAAAUAAAUGCGUUAACAACAAACUGCGAAGCUGGACCAAAUACGGUGUUGAAAUUGACAGAUAUGCAAAGGCAAAUACUUCAUCUAAUGACAAAGGAGUCCGUUGAGGUAGAAAUGAAUAUGAAAUUAGAAAAUGAUAUGUCUUUUGAAGAACCAAAAAUUAUUCCUACAUCAUGUGUAUCGAUAGAAAAAAUAACAACAUGUUUCGAAGAUGUUUCUAAUGUAUCUGAAGAUGUAUCACUGUUGUCCACAUCUACCACAAGUAAAAGGGGAAGUACUGAAAAAUUGCAAACAAUUUUGAAUAUUAACGUACAGGAUAUAAAUAACACUUUAAAAGAAAUAUUGGAAGACAAAGAAAAUACGAAGCAUUCGACUGAAAAAAAUGUUGAUAAAUUCUCAGACUUCAACACCAAUGUGACUGAUAUAGGAAACACUUUAAAAGAAAUAUUAGAAGAAAAGCGAAAAACAAACGUACUUUUACACGAAUUAAUUAAUGUAUUAAAAAAAUAAAAUGUUUA